AUGGCAAGCCUACGAAAAACUCACCCACUACUAAAAAUCGCAAAUAACGCACUAGUUGACCUACCCGCCCCCUCCAAUAUCUCAGUAUGAUGAAACUUUGGUUCCCUACUUGGCCUUUGCUUAAUCAUUCAAAUCCUCACAGGACUCUUCCUCGCCAUACAUUACACCUCAGACAUUGCAACCGCCUUCUCCUCUGUUGGCCAUAUUUGCCGAGACGUUAACUACGGCUGACUCAUCCGAAACCUCCAUGCUAACGGCGCAUCUUUCUUUUUCAUCUGCAUCUACAUACACAUCGGCCGAGGGUUAUACUAUGGUUCCUACCUCUACAAAGAGACAUGAAACGUGGGUGUUGUCCUACUUCUUCUAGUAAUAAUAACUGCCUUCGUGGGGUACGUCCUACCCUGAGGACAAAUGUCCUUUUGAGGGGCAACCGUUAUCACCAACCUUCUCUCUGCAGUACCGUACAUCGGAAAUUCUCUUGUCCAAUGAAUCUGAGGAGGCUUCUCAGUUGACAACGCUACGCUAACCCGAUUUUUUGCCUUCCAUUUCCUCUUUCCGUUUGUCAUUGCGGGUGCCACUUUAGUACACCUUCUAUUCCUACACCAAACGGGCUCAAACAACCCCCUUGGCCUAAACUCAGAUGCUGACAAAAUCUCAUUUCACCCAUAUUUUUCAUAUAAGGAUCUUCUUGGCUUUGCAGCUUUAGUUAUUGGUCUUACAGCCCUAGCACUAUUCUCCCCCAACCUCUUAGGAGACCCUGACAACUUCACCCCAGCGAACCCACUAAUCACCCCUCCCCACAUCAAGCCCGAAUGAUAUUUUCUGUUUGCCUACGCGAUCCUACGAUCCAUCCCUAACAAACUAGGAGGUGUCCUGGCCCUUCUAGCCUCCAUUCUCGUCCUGAUAGUUGUACCAAUCCUACACACUUCUAAGCAACAAGGACUGACCUUCCGCCCAAUCACUCAAUUUCUAUUCUGAACUCUCAUCGCAGAUGUUGUUAUUCUCACAUGAAUCGGCGGCAUACCCGUAGAACACCCGUACAUUAUUAUUGGCCAAAUUGCAUCCGUCUUAUAUUUUUCCCUUUUCCUAAUCCUCUCUCCGCUAGCGGGGUGGGCAGAAAAUAAGGCGCUUGGGUGAUCGU